GAAAGGUGUUAGGGAGGGGAACGAACGAAAGCCUCGCGUGUGUGUGUCUUCUGCACGUGUCAGUUGGGCCUUCACGGGACCGCGCGUUUUUGCUUGUCUCUCUCGAGUCUCUCGCCCAGGACUCCCCCUUCGGCCGGCAAAGAGCAGGCGGAGUGCACCCUCAACCCAACUGCUCCACUUACGCAUACGAGGCCCCAGCAACCACUCCUCUACCGUCACAUACACUCCCUCUGUCUUUCCCGAUACCGACUGCAGGUGUCCGCCAGUCACCCGCAUUUCGAGCAAAGCACCUCGACCACAACGCGUCCUGCAAACUCCAGCACAAGCCGCACUCCUCCCACCAUUCCCCCACAUCCCCCGCCCACCACUCAUCCAAUCACCAAAAAAAUGUCCACCCAGCCGGAAACCUACCUCUCGCGCAUCACCUCGAUGCGCGCCUCCUUCCUCACCCUCGCGGACCUCACCGUCAACGCGGACGACUGGACGACGGUGGCGCUGCUGCAGACGCCGCCGAUCCAGGUGCAUAAGCGCAAAGACACGAAUUUCUGUCUGAGGGUCGUGGCGGAUCUGAACUGCACGCCCGAGUGCGCGUUUGAUCUGAUGGCGGAUAUUACGAGGAGGAGGGAGUGGGAUGAUCUUUGCGAAGAAGCCGGGAUAGUAGAAAUCAUCGACAACGCCACAAAAGUCCAAUUCCUUAAAGCCAAAGGCGUCUGGCCCGCCAGCCCGCGCGACACCCUAACCCUCGCCCACGUCGAGCAACUCCCCGACGGCCGCUACCUCAACAUCGCCCAAUCCAUCUCCCACCCCCGCUACCCUCCCCGCGACGCCGAAGGCAUCGUGCGGAUGGACGCCAAGAUCUCCGGGCAGAUCAUCGGGCCUUCACCGGACUGUACGGACGGGAGUAUGUGCAGGGUCGUGCAGGUAGCAGAUGCGGAUUUGAAGGGGUGGAUUCCGAAGAGCGUUAUCGGGUUCGUUGCGACGAAGAGUCUCCCGAACAGCUUCAAGAAACUGGACUCGAUCCUCCGCAUCACCGAACAACGCACCGUCUCCGAAGUCAUCACCCUUGCCGAAUCCGACGAGUCCCAACCACCCCACCCAUCCCUCACUCAACCUCUACCCGAUCUCCCCAUCCCAACCUCCGUCUCAACAACACCGUCCGCAGCAUACCUCCCAGUCGUGGCCGCGGCACCGGCAGCCAGGAGACGAACGCUCUGGACAAAGUUGAGGAAUGUCCUGGAUUGGUGGAACCCGUACCUGAUCUUCUUCUAUUUUCUGUUGAAGGCUUAUAAGCUGGCGACGGGGCGGAAGUUGAUUGGCGGCGCGUGAGGGGGCGGCCUGUCCUGUCUUUGGGUCUGGGCACGCUGCAACUGUUUCGGAUAUCAUACCAUGUACAUGUUUGUUUUUCAAAAUGCAUUCACCUGUCUCAUUGACUAACGGAAGACU